AUGCCUCGUUCCAAGCGUUCCAAAAUCGUCCACGAGUCCAAGACCGCCAAAAAGUCCCACAAGGAACAGACCAGACGCCUGUACGCUAAUAUUCGCGAAUCCGUCGAGAAAUAUGAUCACCUUUUCGUUUUCUCCGUCGACAAUAUGCGAAACACAUAUCUGAAGGAUGUGCGCACGGAAUUCGGUGACAGUCGCCUAUUUUUCGGCAAGACGAAGGUCAUGGCCGUCGCCCUCGGCCAGAACCCUGAAACUGAAGCCGCUGAAAACCUCCACCUCCUCACUCCCUACCUGACUGGCGCAGUCGGCCUCCUUUUCACCUCUCGAGACCCCACUUCCGUUACCGACUAUUUCGAGUCUUUCCGCCCUAUGGACUUCGCCCGUGCCGGAACAGAAGCCACCCGAUCUUUCUCCAUCCCUGCUGGUCUCGUCUACUCCCGUGCUGGCGAGAUCCCUGCUUCAGAAGACGAGCCCAUCAGCCAUACGAUUGAGCCUGAGCUGCGCAAACUGGGUAUUCCUACCCGUCUUAUCAAGGGCAAGGUUAUGCUUGAGUUGACGGGUGGACAAGAUGAUUUCCCUGUUUGCAAGGAGGGAGAUGUUCUGGAUUCCCGACAAACGACACUGUUGAAGAUGUUUGGCGUUGAGUCGUCGGAAUUCAAGGUUGACUUGAAGGCCCACUGGACCCGGGAAACCAGCAAAGUUGACAUCCUGGCGAAGGACGAGGGUGGUAUGGAUGUGGAGUAA